GCAGUAGCAUUACCUCAGAUUCCAUCAUUCCGUAUACUUAAUCUACCUGUUCUGCACUGUGUGUUUCAGUACAUAUAUGUGCAUGCAAUUCAUAGUUGUAGAGAGAGAGAAAGAGAGAGAGAGAGAGAUGGGGAAGAAAUUAGCUGAGAAUGGAGAAGCGGAGAGGGAAGGGGGAGGGGCGGCGGUGGUGGCGGUGAAUCCAAAGCCGAGGAAUGGCAUUGCUGCGAAGGGCAUAGAGUGGUUGGAGUGGGUGUUAGUGAAGCUAAUGCAUGAUUCUUCAUCUUCAUCGGCGCUCCAUUAUCUUUCUGGUAAUUUUGGUCCCACUCAAGAGACUCCUCCGUCUAAGGACCUUCCUGUUAUUGGUCAUCUCCCUGAAUGCCUGAAUGGUGAGUUUGUGAGGGUUGGUCCCAACCCAAAAUUUGCUCCUGUGGCUGGAUAUCAUUGGUUUGAUGGAGAUGGAAUGAUCCAUGGCUUGCGCAUUAAAGAUGGAAAAGCAACGUAUGUGUCACGAUUUGUGAAGACAUCACGUCUUAAACAAGAAGAGUUUUUUGGAAGAGCAAAGUUUAUGAAGAUUGGGGAUCUAAAAGGGAUGUUUGGACUACUCACAGUCUACCUGCAAAUGCUGAGAAUCAAGCUAAAAGUACUCGAUAAUUCUUAUGGGAAUGGAACAGCCAAUACAGCUCUAAUAUAUCAUGAUGGGAAGCUUUUGGCACUUCACGAGGGAGAUAAACCAUAUGCAAUUAAGGUUUUGGAGGAUGGUGAUCUACAAACACUUGGCAUGUUGGAUUAUGACAAAAGAUUGGGACAUGCAUUCACUGCUCAUCCAAAGGUUGACCCAGUAACUGGAGAGAUGUUUACCUUCGGUUAUGCGCAAAAAGCCCCGUUUGUGACAUACAGAGUUAUAUCAAAGGACGGGUUAAUGCAUGAUCCAGUUCCAAUAACAAUACCAGCAUCUGUAAUGAUGCAUGAUUUUGCUAUUACUGAAAACUAUGCAAUUUUCAUGGAUCUGCCUCUUUACUUCCAGCCAAAGGAGAUGGUGACAAAAAAGCAACUUGCGUACAAAUUUGAUGCUACCAAAAAGGCACGUUUUGGAGUCCUCCCACGCUAUGCGAAGAAUGAACUCCUCAUCAAAUGGUUUGAGCUUCCCAACUGCUUCAUAUUUCACACUGCCAAUGCAUGGGAGGAGGGAGAUGAAGUUGUUAUGAUUAGCUGCCGCAUCCAAAACCCAGAUUUAGACAUGGCUAGUGGAACUCUCAAAGACUCCCUUGAUUUCGUAAACGAGCUGUACGAAAUGAGGUUUAACAUGAAAACAGGUCUUGCUUCCCAGAAAAAGUUAUCAGAAUCUGCAGUUGAUUUUCCACGAGUGAAUGAGAAUUACACUGGCAGGAAGCAACGAUACGUAUACGCAACCAUGUUGAGUGACCUUGCCAAGGUUAAAGGGAUAGUCAAAUUUGACUUGCAUGCUGAGCCAGAGACAGGGAAAACAAAGCUUGAAGUUGGAGGGAAUGUUGAAGGCAUCUUCGACUUAGGCCCGGGGCGAUUUGGUUCAGAGGCUAUCUUUGUGCCCCGGGAGGCGAGUACCGGAUGUGAAGAAGAUGAUGGGUACUUGAUAUUGUUUGUGCACGAUGAGAACACCGGGAAAUCAGCAGUGAAUGUAAUUGAUGCAAAAACAAUGUCAGCUGAGCCAGUUGCAGUUGUUGAAUUACCCAACAGAGUUCCUUAUGGAUUCCAUGCCUUCUUUGUGAAUGAGGAACAACUUCAAAGACAAGCACAAACCUGAGACGAUCAUGUGAAUGCAGCAGAAACAUAGGCAAAUGCACAUUCUGCACUUCAUUUAUGUAUCCAAAGUGCCUGUUGUAAAAUGCAAAUGGCUACUGAUUAUUAAUAUGUAGAGAUAUCCCAACACUCCAGAUUUCAUUUUCAACUUUAUAAUAUCUUUACAGUCAGAGAAAUAUGGUCGCUAAUUAAAAUGAAAUGCUGAAAUAGUAUGUUUGAGAUCAG